CGAGUGACAGGCUAUAUGGAGUACCCAAGCCAUCCCCCUUUCCGCAGAAACGUUCUAGCCAGUGGGUCGGGAGGGGUGGCGAUCGUUGUCUUCCCUGCAGCUAGUUCGAGUUUUUCUACGAGACAGCCGAGGUAGGCACCGAGGCUUUCCACCUCUAUGCACAUAACGGCUUUGAAAUGAACGCGAUUCGUGCACUAUCACUGAAACCCCAAGCCAUACCAUUUAUCGCUACGUGGAAUCCACGACCACUUGAUGUGGGUUCGUCGUCAACAUGGCCACUCGCCCUGAUUUGUCUGUCGCGUCGUCCUGGCUCUGUUACAGAUGGCACGUAUAAAGCUGUACAAUGGCCCUUAGCAAUCACCAUGUCCCCAUCUAUCCGGCAAUCAAGUUUCACACAUCGUUGCUACCAUGCCGGCUAAGCUUUUCUAUCUCUUAGGCGAACCUGUUGCGACUGCACGGGAGAUCGAAGUAGAUCUGGCGCUGGACUGUGAUGCGCUCAAACACCUGAUUGCUGCGCAUUUUGCGAUAGUCGACCCCAAUGGCAUUGGGUUCCAGUCUGAGUACACCAUCUUCACCAAUGUGGCCGAAAUUGCCGCUUCGGCAGAACCCAUCAGCAUUACGAUCGAUGGGAACCCGGUGAAAGAGGUUCCUGGCCCAAAGGGACUCCCGAUACUGGGAAACUUUUUUGAGAUCUAUCCCGACCACUUGGGAAAUCAUCAACGCCUUUUUGAGCAAUAUGGUCCCAUCUUCAAGACCACCAAUUAUGGCCGUACUGUAUACCACACCAACGACCCAGAGCUCAGUGCGAUCAUUUUCUCAGAAAGCGACUUCUUCACCAAGAAAAUCAAUGAGUCCCAUCCUCUCCACGCAAUCAAAAACAAAGAAGCGGGCGUGUUCCUUGGCGAUACCGACACGCCUGAAUGGAGAACUGCGCACAAGUUCCUCCCGCCUGCGUUCGGUCCAAAGGCCGUCCGUCAUUAUGCCCCAGUCAUGCAGCAGACGGUGGAGGAUGCAUUCAAGGUAUUCGAUGCAUUCGACGAGCAAGGUGAGGCGUGGAAUGUCUAUCAAUACAUGUUGAAGCUCGGGUCACAAGCAGUUGGAAAGCUCGUUCUGGGCAUUGAUUUCCAACACUUUUCGACCAUGAACGCCCCCCCGCAUAAAUUGAUUCUUCUGAUCGCCGAGUCACUUGAGCUGAAUAAAAAGAUCACUGCCAGGGGUGAUUGGUAUGCCAAAUUGCCCUUUGGAGACCCCAAACGUCUCAAAGAUAUCAGAGGCCAGGUAUGGGCCAUUGUCGAUGAAUCCAUUCAAAAUGCUAGCCGAGGUGGCAUCGAGGAUCUUCCACUUCAGGAUGCCGCAUUGAAAGCGCAUAACAUGAUUGAUUACGCCAUCCGAGCGACGGAUAACAAAGGCGAAAAGUUGCCCAAAACCAGUUUGAUCCAGGCUCUGGUGGUGGCUACUGGAGCCGGCUUUACCACCACCAGCUCCUUACUGUCGUGGCUGAUCUAUAGUCUUGUCUCCUACCCUGGAGUACAGGAUAGACUACUGCAGGAGCUUGUGGACAAUGACAUCGACGCGGACACGCAGAUCACUGCUGAUUUGACGGACCGUCUUACGUUCAUGGAUAAAUUCAUCAAAGAAACCCAGCGCAGACACAACCCGUCCUACCAGCCUGGGCGUACGGCCAAAGUGGACAUGAUCCUGCCCGGUGGCUACAAGCUGCCUGAAGAUUCUGUUGUCAUUGGAGCGCUUCACCACCUUCACAACAACCCCAACGUCUGGGAUAACCCGACGCGGUUUAACCCUGACCGGUGGGAUACCGAAGAGGUCAAGAACCGACACAAGUCGGCCUACAUUCCCUUUGCAGCCGGUCCUCGGAUGUGUAUCGGCUUCAACUUUGCUCUGCAGGAAGUUAAGGUGUUUUUGCCAAAACUCGUCUACCGAUACAAGUUCAUCAAGGAGACCGAGGGCCCGAUCGAGUACGAUCCCAUGUUCCAGCUGAUCCGGCCGAACAACCUGUAUGUCCGCGCCGAGCGGCGCGUCAAAUGGCCCCCAAAGACGGAAGGUCCCAUGUCGACGGCGUCACUAUAGACGGGAAUUAAAGUACCGUAGGCAGCGAUGGGGGCCUAGUUGAGUGCGUCGGUCCUUGUAAAUAAAUCUGCG